AUGACAAUUUUAUAUACAGAUAAACUUUACCUUCCUUUUUCAGCAGGUCCAAGGAAUUGCAUAGGAUAGCAUAUGGCAUUGAUGGAGGCAAAAAUAAUUCUGUCUCAUUUAAAAAUAGUUUAUUAUAUAGCCCAAUGA